GUUAGUUAGCAAUGAGGCUUAACAAUUACAGCUGUACUUCUGUAUUUCACCACGUGUAAAUCAUUCUUUCAUGGAAUUACAGGUUGAGGAUUUAGUGUGUGGCAAAUUAGUAUAAUCCAACUGUGGCAAGAGUUUGCUGUCUCCAUGAUAAUUGGUGCCCAGCGACUGUUGCGUAAUGCAAAAGGCAGGAAAUAAAAUCCUUUAUCCUUUUAUUUUAAUUAAAAAGAAACAGCCAGUUUAAUUACCAUUUACUGCUCUUCAUGUGAUGUCUCUUUGGAAUUCAAAGAAACUUGCCUAUUUAAAUGCAGAAAAGAGAAUCUCCCUAUUUCUGUUUGCAUGACUAACAUUUAAGCUGGUUCCAUCUGAGGUACAUAUUGUGGGUUUCCAUUUCACCCAUAACUGCCACAGCGGCCCAUAAAAGCGGUCAGUCUAAUCAUGCCAGGAAGCUGCACAGACACAGCAUAGCGGGCGUCCUCCCAAUUCAAAGAACUCAGUCUGACAAUCUGCCUCCACCAGCCAGUGACAACAAAGAGCAAAGCCAACUAGCCCUCAGGAAAGUGAUGUCCGAUGGACCCUUCAACCCUGAAGGAGCGAGGUCUGCCAACCACCGGCCAGGAGAAAGCUCAGUCUCUUCCACCGGCUCAUCAACCAGCACCUUUGGCAGCGGCUACAGCGUGGACAGUGAAGGAAGCAACGGCAGCAGCAGCGGCACCACCACCACCACCACCACCACCACCACCAUCAAUGGGGACAGCAACCUUUUCCCAAUUCCAAGAAUAGGAAAGAUGAGCCAGAAUGGGCAAGAAGCCGUGAAGCAAUCAGGGGUAGGAUUAGCAGAGAUUGAAGGUAAAAUUCUUCUUGUUUCCAAUGGAGGAAAGUUUAUGAAGAAAACCUUGAUUGGUGAAGCGUAUAUUUGGCUUGAUAAAGUGGACCUUAGGAAAAGAAUUGUAAACUGGCACAAACUUUUAGUUAGUUCCACACAGGCCCAUUGAGCUAAGGGGUCCUUGUUUGAAGUCCGACCGAUCAAGCUGGAAAAGUCUAUUUGUGUGAUUCCGGGACUCCACUUUGACGUUAGGCUUAGGUAGAUUUUGCCAAAUAUGAAACAAGUAACACAUGUUCCGGGCUACUUAGCAUAUUUUCAUGAGGGCUAGUCCACUGGUUUUACUGUGUAAACAGCAAGAACAAGUCAGCCAAAGAAAAACAUCACGCUUGGCUCAGAUGAUAAAAUGAAUCCACUCGAAUAAUGACAGUGAACUGAGGGUUCAGUGGUGUUAAAACCUUUGCCGCCGUGCAGCCAAGGAACAGCACUCCUGCGCUCCAAGGCAAGGGGAAUGCGGGAGUUCUGGCUGUGUUUGGAGGCAGGCUGACUCCCAGAGAGCCUGGGUGUUUCUUCUGCCAUCAGAAGGAGGGCCAUUUUAUGCAAAAGCUCCCGGGGACUGCCUUCCUUCCUAGCCUCACUGAUCAGAAGAUUAUUCUCCUCCGUUCUUCUGUACUUCUGGAGCAUUCAGAGUAAGACGGUGUGCCUCAGGGGCGAGUGGCAGUAUCUUUUAUUUUUACUUUGAAUAGUAGCAAUGUUUAUAUUUCUUUUCUUGGAGUACCAGUUGUUCAGAGUAACAAUUUCAGUGUUCCUCCAUGAAGAAUGCAAAAUCAUGAUCUUGGGAUACGAAGUCCAAAGGGAGAGAGAGAAACGAGGGGAGAGGGGAGGGAGGUGGAAUCAGGAUUUGUUGUACAGUUGCCACCAUAGCAUGAAAUAAAACGUAGCCCUGAGUGUGUGUGGAAGAAGCCACUGUCCUCCCUGCCUUUCUCAGUCUCUUGUUUACAAAUAAUGGAGUCAAUGAUUCAAAGGGCUUCUAAACAAAUAUGGCUGUCGUUGUGUGUCACUGUCUGCCGGUCUUGCUGUUGUCGACUACAAGGAGCCUGGGUGUUUCUUGUGCCAUCAAAAGGUCGGUAGUUGGAAGUGAUCCAAGGUUUAGAUUCACUCACGGUGCCAGUGGCUCUUGGCUCAUUCUGGAGUUUUGGAUCUUCUUUUUUUCAUGACUUCUCGAAUGUGGUGCCAUCGUCCUUGGUUGGCGUAGUGGCAUAUUACAGACUUCAUCCCAAGGGCAGCCCUCCAUUCCUAAGGGCCGUUCUGCUGAAUAAAAGCAAAGGGCAUGGAGAAGGUGUUGUAGGUCUCUGAGAGCAAGCCCACGUCUUAGUUCCAAAACAACGGAGGUGUUUGUAGAGAGAAUCAUAGAUUCACAGGGUUGGAAGGGAUCUUAGAGGUCAUUUAGUCCAACCCCCUGCUUAAGGAAGAGUCUCUUACAGAAUCCUAGAAGGACAGAGUUGGAAGAUCUAAACCUGCAGCAUUCAUUACCACCCACUGGGCAUUUUGCAGAAGGAAUACAAAUGGAUCAACAUAUGGCUUCUGUGGACAAAACAGAAUGAUGGCCUAGCCUGUAAUGAUGCUGAUUGGCUUUCUCUUCUUAGGUAGAAUCUGUGCAGUAGCAAAAGCUGAUAGGCCCAGCAAAGUAGCAGUGGCAGUGAUUAAUUUACUACCUUUAAAGUUAACAUAUCUAAAAAUUAUAAAUUGAACAAUUGUUGUUCAAUUCAAUAAAUAAAUUAAAAUAAUUAUAAAUAUAUAUAAUUAUAAAUAAAAACACAUUACUCUAAAUAUCUAAAUAUUCUAAAUUAAUUAAUUUCAUCAGUGAACAUUUUUCAGGAGUUCCAGAGGCUAGAAAAUAAAUGCAGGAAAGAGAAUAUUGAAAUUAUAUUUUAUGUUUUAAUAAAGAAACAUUUCAUGACCCAAUAAAAAGCCAAAAAAAAAUAGUUCACAGUCCCAAUUUUGUUUUUAGCCAUUACUUCUAUCUAAUGCUGUGUCCGUAAUUAAUGGGGAGCAAUAGGGUUUAUGAACGUAUGCGACCAGCCAAUGUUCUGACUUAACUUUCAAUCGUCUCCUGAUAAUUAUGCCUAUUUUGAUUCGACCCUUGAGGAUAGGUGGCCAUUCCCCCAAAUCAUGCAGAAAUGAUUUAGUACUGCAGCCUAUGGGUACCACAAAAGGAAGAGAGCAAAUGUCUUACAUGGACUGAAACUAUAUCUCUGAAACAGUUUUUGAAGCAGCCGUUCCUGCAUUCGGUGUCAAGUGUCUAGGGGUGUGUGUGAGUCUUAAAUUAUGAGAUGCGCAAUUCGUGCAAUUGAAUAACAAUUUUGUUCUUCUCAAUGUUUAUAACAAAGACAAUGACUCUUGUCAUUGUCAUGGAGAUUUCAAGAACUAGGAAGCAACAAUUUGAAGGCUUAUAAAUAAGCCUUUAAUUAUCACUCUUAAUUGAGAAGGUUAGGCUGCUGUUACAGGUUGAGGAAGUCAAGAGUAAGAGACUAUUUAGAUCAAUAUUUGUCUAUUUGUUCUUUUAAAAAAAUCUUAAUUCUGCUACCCUGGGUUAAAUGUCGUUUGGCCUCCAGGUUUCUCAGCCACUGGCCUGCAUGGGGCUGACCGAGGCUGCUUGGGCCUGUCGUCAUUGUGCAUGCAGCAACAGCCCUGCUUUGAGGAAUGCGCCUGAUUUAUGACAAUUUGGAGGGUUGUUAGGAAAAAUGGUUUCUAUUAAGGCUAGAAUUUCUCUUCACGUUCUUCAAACAUAAUUGAGCGUUACCGGAGAUGUUGUCUAUCAGCUGAUCCCUCUUUUACUGUUGCUGGGACUAGCAAUUGCCUCCCCAGUGUUUCUUGGGAUCAGGUAUCUGGAUUGUAUUAGAAUCAUUCUAUGCAACGGAGAAACCCAUUUAAUGCAGUUUCCUUUUUAUUAAUGAAGAUUAAAAAAUAGCAUUAUGGCAGUUAUUUUUUUAUCAGAGCAAAAUCACAGAACCUUAUUAUUUAAGAAGAUGUGUAGAUAUUUCAGUCAUUUUCCUACUGAUAGGGUGGGGAGAAAUUGUGUUAUAUUUAUUUCUUACAUCAGGCAAAAGCAAGAUUUCUUAUCUGAGAGUGAAGCUUCUUCUAAUAUGGAUUUCUUGGAAAAUAUGUCUUUUGGUGGCACAAUGAACUUUAUUGUACAUCUCGUGACUCUGCUGAGCUGAAGGUAAAAAUAGUGUUGUGCAAUAAGCCUUGUUCAGGAGGGGGGGGGGAAACUUGAAGUAUGAGUUAAAGCACAGAACGUGUAUGUGUAUUGACAAAUGAGGGAUCAUUUCUAUGAAAGAAUCACAUAAACAGACACACACACACAUACACACCCCUUCAUCUGCUUGAGUUUAUGACUCAAAGUGUUUGAGUUCCUGUGAUGAAUGCUAAAAUAUUUUUUGUUAUCCUAGUUCUUUAAACUAAGAAUGGUAUCCAGGAGCAACACAAAUGCUAUUUGUUUUGUUUCACGUUCUGCUCUGCUUCCUCCCCUCUGAAGGAGCAUCUGUCACAAUUCUUCAAUGCCUACCACAACAAAUAGGAGCACCACAUAGUGGAUGCACUGGAGACACCAGUAAAAUGAAAAUCCAGCUCCUUAUGGUUACUUGAAUUGUGUUUUCCUAAAUGCCUAUAUCGUUCGUUUCGGGCGCAACUGCGGAGUGUGAAUCUGUAGCUGGUAACCAGCUGAUAUGGCUUCUUUUUCUGAGGAUGAAAAAGUCAACAGUAAACAUCUCUUAUAUUGUAUGUAAGCUAGUGUGCUUGAUAUAGAACUAUUCAGAAUUUCCAUUUCUAAAUAUUUCAUAUAGAUUUUAAUGAUAUAUUUUUAACUUUUUAUUUAAAUCAUACCUGAUAAUUAAAUAUUCAAAUUAUAGGCCAUUCUACAUAUGAAAGUAUGCCUCUAUCAGUGAGGGGGGGGGGAGUAAACAAAAUAGUAGCCUCUUGUAUGAUGAAGAAAUUGAAGGAAAAUUGAGUGUGUAAAUCUGGGCAAGAUCCUGAAUUAGAAAUUGCUGCUAAACUAAACUAAUAUCUGGAUACUGUCUCUUCAAAUUGUAACUUGUUUACUGGUGGUUCCUUUUAUUUAUUUGCUUACUUAUUUCUGCAACAUCACAAGUACCCUAAUGGUUUUUUAAAAACAUAUACUUGUAUAUUUAUAUAUCAUGAACUUGAACAAUUCUGAAGAAAGCUGAUUCCUUAAUAUGGUAUCAUCUUGUAAAUAUACAUUUUUGUAUUGAAACACGGCUCAGUUUAGAUUCCAGGCCUCACCUGUUAUUUUAGCAUGUCAAUACAGGUUGGAUGCAUUUUGUAAAAAGGUGAGCGGUCAGCAGUGACAACUGGCCUCAAUGCCACCCUUCUGUUAGGCAAAAUUCAUAACUUAUACUUGGAGUAGUAAUGAAAAGAGUAACGAUAACAGGAGCACCAACGGCACACCCAUCUUAUAAGUUUUUGAAGAGAUGUAAUAUUUCCACAAUGAACGUUGCAUGCUUCUGAGGUGUUUUGUUAAAUUUUGUUUCUUGCUUUUGC